AUGGGGCAAUGUUUGAGGUACCAGAUGCACUGGGAGGACCUGGAAGAGUACCAGGCCCUGACCUUCCUGACCAGAAAUGAGAUUCUGUGCAUCCACGACACCUUCCUGAAGCUCUGCCCCCCUGGGAAGUACUACAAGGAGGCCACACUGACCAUGGACCAGGUCAGCUCCCUGCCAGCCCUGAGGGUCAACCCUUUCAGAGACCGCAUCUGCAGAGUGUUUUCCCGCAACGAUGUGUUCUCCUUUGAGGAUGUGCUGGGCAUGGCAUCUGUGUUCAGUGAGCAGGCCUGCCCCAGCCUGAAGAUCGAGUAUGCCUUUCGCAUCUACGAUUUUAAUGAGAACGGUUUCAUCGAUGAGGAGGACCUGCAGAGGAUCGUCCUACGACUGCUGAACAGUGACAUCUCUGAGGACCUGCUGAUGGACCUCACGAACCAUGUCCUGAGUGAGUCAGAUCUGGACAACGACCACAUGCUGUCCUUCUCGGAGUUUGAACACGCGAUGGCCAAGUCUCCAGAUUUCGUGAACUCCUUUCGGAUUCACUUCUGGGGAUGCUGA